AUGGACAAUGGUCCUCGCAGCAGGAGUGAGAGUGUGUCAGCGGACGAUGACUGUGGCUCUUCUUCCAUCAGCGACCGAGACUGUCCCCGACGACGGAGACAGAAGAACAGAGACGCUGCACGGAGGAGCCGCCAGAAGACCACAGAGCGAGCAGACGAGCUGCACCAGGAGCUGCAGAGUCUGGAGCAGGAGAACUCUCGUCUUCAGAAGGAGAUCCGGGCUCUCAAGAGAGACAAGGACCUGUUCUCCUCAGCUCUGGAGAAGCAUGAGCCACUCUGCUGUCGCUGCCCUGUCGCCCCCCCUCGGGUUGGUCGCCCUGGGGUCGGUCCCCCUCAGCUCGGCCCCCUUCUGAUUAGCCCUCCUGGGGUCGGUCCCCGUCGGGUCGGCCCUCCUCGGGUUGGCCCCCCUGGGGUCGGGCCACCUCAGGUCGGCCCCCCUGGGGUCGGCCCCCCUCAGGUCGGCCCCCCUGGGGUCAGCCCCCCCGUCCUGCAGUCUGUCCCUCUGUGUCACACAUCAGUGGGGACAGAGGGACAAUUUGAGCGUCCUUUCAGCUCAGGGCCCCUUCCCUUGGAGGCCCCCGCCCCACAGGACCCACUGGCCCCUGGACCUGUGGACCUGGCUCUGUUCAAUGACCUCAAACUGUUACUGGACGACGACUGGCUCCUGAAUGUGCAGCAGAUCUGA